AUGGCUCGCGACGAUGUGGGCCCGCCUGCUAAAAGGCAAAAAAAUGACUCCCACCUCCCACACCAGAUACGAGAUGCUAGGCGCAAGGAAAAUGACGACUGGGAGACGAACCGAAUGCUCACUUCGGGCAUCGCGCAGAGACGGAAUAUGGAAAGCGACUUUAUGCCCGAUGACGAAGAGGCAACUCGAGUUCAUUUGCUAGUUCACGACCUCCGACCACCGUUCCUCGAUGGCCGUACCAUUUUCACCCAGCAACUGGAGCCAAUCUCCGCCAUUCGAGACCCACAGAGCGACAUGGCAGUGUUUAGCCGGAAGGGAAGUAAGGUGGUCCGGGACCGUCGACAGCAGCGCGAGCGGCAAAAGCAGGCUCAGGAAGCUACAAAUAUGGCUGGCACAGCUCUUGGAAACUUGAUGGGCGUCAAGGAAGAUGAGGGCGACAGCGCUGUUGCCAUGCCUGUGGAGGAUGUCUACAAGAGUGGAGGAAACAAAUUUGCGAAGCAUAUGAAGAAAGAGGAGGGAGGCGCUAGCUCGUUCAGCAGGAGUAAGACUCUGCGCGAACAACGGGAGUACCUUCCCGCAUUUGCGGUGCGCGAGGAUCUUCUGCGCGUCAUUCGCGACAAUCAAGUUGUGAUUGUGGUUGGAGAAACUGGAUCCGGAAAGACCACACAAUUGACCCAGUUCCUUCACGAGGAUGGUUAUUCAAAGUUUGGCAUGAUUGGAUGCACGCAGCCUCGCCGUGUGGCGGCUAUGAGUGUCGCAAAGCGUGUCAGUGAGGAAAUGGAAGUGGAUCUUGGUGGACUUGUUGGAUAUGCCAUUCGGUUCGAAGAUUGCACCAGUGACGAAACAAAAAUUAAAUAUAUGACGGACGGUGUACUCUUACGAGAGUCUCUGACCCAGUCAGACCUUGACAAAUACUCUUGUAUUAUCAUGGAUGAAGCGCACGAGCGUGCGUUGAAUACCGAUGUCUUGAUGGGACUCUUGAAAAAGGUUCUAGUUCGGCGCAGGGAUCUGAAGCUGAUUGUUACAUCUGCCACCAUGAACGCAGAGAGGUUCUCGCGCUUCUACGGUGGAGCACCUGAAUUUAUUAUUCCUGGUCGAACUUUCCCAGUGGAUACUCACUUCUCACGCACACCUUGUGAGGAUUAUGUGGAUGCUGCAGUCAAGCAGGUCUUGGCCAUCCAUGUCUCCCAGGGCCAAGGUGAUAUUUUGGUAUUCAUGACAGGCCAGGAGGAUAUUGAAGCAACAUGCGAGCUGGUCGAAGAGCGUUUGAAAUUACUAAACGAUCCUGCGCCGCUCAGUAUUCUGCCCAUAUACAGUCAGAUGCCAGCGGAGCAACAGGCAAGGAUCUUCGAAAGAGCCGAGGCGGGAGUUCGUAAAGUGAUUGUUGCCACAAACAUUGCGGAAACCAGUUUGACAGUUGACGGUAUCAUGUUUGUGGUGGACUCGGGAUACUCGAAGCUCAAGGUGUACAAUCCACGCAUGGGUAUGGACACCUUGCAAAUUACACCAAUCUCCCAAGCCAAUUCCAACCAGCGAUCUGGACGAGCUGGACGGACAGGCCCGGGAAAGGCCUAUCGCCUGUAUACCGAAACAGCUUACAAGAAUGAGCUGUACAUUGCAACAAUUCCUGAAAUUCAACGCACAAGUCUUUCCAACACUGUGCUGUUAUUGAAAUCACUGGGAGUCAAGGACCUCCUAGAUUUUGAUUUCAUGGACCCUCCACCACAAGAGACAAUUUCAACUUCGCUCUUCGAGUUAUGGUCUCUUGGUGCCCUGGACAACUUGGGCGAUUUGACUCAUUUAGGUCGCCGCAUGACACCAUUCCCCAUGGACCCCCCUCUUGCCAAGCUUCUCAUUAUGUCCUCGGAAGAGUACGGCUGCAGCGAGGAGAUGCUGACCAUUGUGUCUAUGCUUUCGGUCCCAAAUGUCUUCUACCGUCCAAAGGAGCGACAAGAGGAGUCCGACUCGGCCCGCGAGAAGUUCUUCGUUCCUGAGUCCGACCAUCUGACUCUACUUCACGUCUACACACAGUGGAAGUCCAAUGGCUUUUCUGACGGGUGGUGCACUAGACACUUCCUUCAUGGGAAAACACUCCGGCGUGCAAAGGAAGUUCGAGACCAAUUAUUCGAUAUCAUGAACCAACAAAAGAUGACCUUGGUCAGCUGUGGUACAGAUUGGGAUGUGAUCCGCAAAUGUAUCUGUUCAGGCUUUUACCACCAAGCCGCGCGCGUUAAGGGCAUUGGCGAGUUCAUCAACCUUCGUACAAGCGUGACCAUGGCAUUGCACCCGACGAGUGCCCUAUACGGUCUUGGUUAUGUGCCGGAAUACGUUGUUUACCACGAGUUGAUCUUGACUGCCAAGGAGUACAUGUCCACCGUGACAGCUGUAGAUCCACACUGGCUCGCGGAACUCGGUGGUGUCUUCUACUCCGUCAAAGAAAAGGGCUACUCUCAACGUGACCGACGUGUCACAGAAAUAGAAUUCAACAAGCGCAUGGAAAUCGAAGAACAAAUGGCCAAGGACCGUGAACGUGCUGCGGCUCAAAAGAAGAAAGAGGAAGAACGGAACGAUCCCAGCCGACGCAGGGGAGAGAUUGAAGUCGGUGGAAAAUCAGCCGUACGACGUCCGCUCGUCAAGAAGCCUGGAAAGAUCGGAGGCCUUACCUCGUCAUCAUCUUCAUCAUCAAGGCCUGGCGCUAACAGCGGAAGCUCUGGUGGGGGUAGUGUUGUGAAGAAGCCUCAGAUCCCCAGGCGACCAGGGCGGACAUUUUAA